CGAAAACGAUGUCCAUUGUCCAGCCCGCCCCCCGUUUGAGAAUGGAGACACUCUCUAUCUAGUCGGGAACAGACAUGACAGACAGCCGCCAUGACCCGCUUUCUAACGCCUUCGAAAAUCGGCCUCUUGGCUCUCGUCGAGCUGUACACUGAUGCAAUUGUGCCUACCUCCUCCACGAUACCGAUCCUGUCCUUUAUCCUCAACCAGCUACUUCCGAACAAUUUGAAAUCACAACCCAGAGACCUGGCCUCGUUGCAGUCUCUGCCCUUCCUUCUCGAUCUCAAAGCUUUCGAAACCGUGCUGGCUGUCCACCCUGCAGCCUCUGGACUCCCUGGCCGGUCACUAUGGGACCAUUUCCUCAAAAAGAUAUGGGACAUUGAUAGCUUGGACGCUUUACAUGUGUUCUUUGCACGACGGACGAAUCUGCUUGCGAAGAGUCGAGACGACUUGAAAAAAGAUGGCGAGAUGGGCAUACCUCCUCCAUCAGAGGAUAUGAUUAUGUUGUCUCGCUCAUCGCCCUUUGGAAGCUUCGUACGGAGGUCCAAAGUCGAGUUUGAGCGUCUGAGGUUUGGUGAUGCCUUGGCUCUAUGGACUGCAUUUAGAAAAUGGCGAGAGGCCUCGAAAACAUACUGGUCUAGGAGGCAUGGAGCCCUCGGGAGAUGGACUGGAGACAGUGCUUUGGCUGAUGGGGAGGAAGAAUGGGGAAUGGGGGCGACCGAAAUGCUGGAGCUUGUUGCAUAUGGUGGGUUGAGCCUGGAAGAUACGGAUGAGGGCUGUGUCAGCUCUGAUGAGAUUGAGAAGCUUUUGGAAUUUCAGGUGGAGCAAAUGCAAAAAAUUGGUAGUAGAAUACCGAUGGAGGUGAAGGACAAGUUUAAAAGUAUUCUUGACGAGAGCAUCAUGGUUCCAAGCUUGGCUCAUUAUCUCAACUUUCUUGACUCCUGGAGAUCUGGCGACUAUCCCACAUCUUUUGACAACCUUCAUCGGUACUUCGACUAUACCAUGCAAAAUAGAGACCGCCUCUUUUACCAAUACGCUCUUAUGAACUUAGCCGUCCUUCAAGCAGAUUUCGGCUGUUACGACGAGGCUGUAGCUGCCAUGCUAGAAACUAUUUCCACUGCCAGGGAAAAUAAGGAUAACCCUUGUCUGAAUUUCGCCCUCAACUGGAUGUAUCAUUUUGGCAAGGCUCACCCCAAUAUUAUCAAAGGCACCGAGUCAACGAAUAUGCUUGGUGUAGAACGAGAAGGACUAGCAUUUCUUCGAAUAAAGGCCAAGGAGACUGGGAUGUGGACACUCUGGAGCUCUUCGCUUCUUAGUGAGGCAAAGUUGGGCAUGUCCAAUGGCGAAAGUGUUGCGACCAUUUUUGAGAAUAUCUUGAAAAGCUCGCAUCUCAUAGUAGACAAGAACAUGAAGAGCAUGAUGGGCCCACAGGUGGCAAUGUACUCUGCGUUAUGGGCACGGUUGGGAGUUACCAACUUAUCGAGGCAGCAUUGCGACGUUUUUUUGAGCUGCCAUGCCCGUUAUGCCCUCUUCGACGACACCUUGAGAUUUACAGGUCGAAUUGCCCAUCUGCUUACUGAGAAGGGAUGUUACGACGAAGCCAUGGAAAAGAUGGAGAGUUUGGAUGUGAACUCCCUACGAUCGUGGAAAACUAACCAGUAUUGGCUAAAGUACCGAGGCAUUCUUCGUCUGAAGCGCGAUCUUCACAGAAAUAACCUGGAUGGCGCGGAUCAAUUGUUAUCACAGCUUCUCCAGUCCAACGGAGCUGACUCUGACCCAGACCUGUCUUUUGAGAUUAACUCUCUUCAUAUCGACUAUCUCAUCCGACGAACAGAUUACGGUCGUGCAAUGACCAAGAUUGAGCAGCUCGCUACUGCAAUGAAGGAAGAUGGAGACGACAUCAACUUGAGAAUCAAACUCCUGACCAUGAAAGCAUUACUGCAAGAAAAAUGCGGACGCCCACAAAAGGGCUUCUCUGUUGCCGUUCGAGCUGCUAGCAUAGCGUGGCGAGCAAGACUUAUCCCGGCUCUAUGGGGUGCGAUGGCCGUGAUUGCCAACAUCUUGACAUCGCUGUCCGAGUUUCAGGCCUCAGCCCAAAUUUUGAUCUCAAUCUUACCGCGGGCCUUGCAAUGCGAAAAUUGCUCCUUGAAUGCCCAACUCUAUUCCUUCCUCGUCAAUGCAUACAUGGGUAUGGCGGGGCAAGCCAAGGAUAGCCUGAAGAGAAAGCAGAACCUAACAAGUUGUUUGGAGUUCAUUGACAGGGCUUUCAACGAAUAUUCCGUUCUUGAAGAUAUCAAGGGGCAGUGUGAGAUGAUGGCGAAGAAAGCAACAAUAAUGAGAGUUGUGGGGGAAAAGGUAUUGGCAAAUGAUUAUGCAAGUGCCUACCUGGACUUGAAGAAAGAGGCCGCACUGGUUGCUUAGAUUAAGAUAUGAUAUCCACGAUGAGAUGUUAAAAGGAAUGUAUAAUUUGCUGCCCAUAACAUAC